UAGAUCGUCUUCAUAAAGACAAAGUGAAAGUACAUAAGCGAUAAACUACGCCAUUGCGACGUUCAAAGUGUGUGUAGUUUGGAUGGCAAGAGCUCUGUUUUAACUACAAUGGCGACGAGGUGCAAUUUCUGUGGAGAAGAUGCUGUGGUGUCGGAGACUGAUGGGUCUUUUGUUUCUAUGCGAGUAUGCCAGGAAUGUGGGUCCAUCGAUAAGGAGCAUUACAUCACCGAAGAAAACUCAUUCUCAAGGCAGUAUGACAACACAUCUGCACAUGACUUUAAACAGACUUUAUCCAGAACAGCUAGAAAUGCUCUCUCUGUUUCGAUACCUCAAGGUCUUAAAGCUGGUAAAAAUCGCAUUAGGAUUAUAGGACAAACUUUCAAGAUGGGGGCUCCCAUUAUUGAAGAUGCAACAAAUUUGUAUGAAAGAUUGUUUAAACAUCCAGACGUAAUAAAUAAGACUAUAACAAACAAGUUGCUUUUAGCAGCUGCCUGUAUGUACAUUAUGAUGCGUCAGAGCAAUAUUCCGGUUUCUAUAAGAUGGUUUUGCAAGGUUUCAGACUUAUUCGUGAAUGAUUUUUCAAGCAAUUUUCUUCUCGUGCUCAGAGCAAUGGAUAUUACUUUGAUUUACCCAAGCAUUGGGUCCAGAAUUGCAGAUGUGUUGGCACCUGCAAAGUUGAACUCCAAAAUAAUCAAUCUAACACGCGAGAUCAUUGAACUUUGUGAGAAGGCGUGGCUUGUGAGUGGACGGUCACAUUCACCUAUUAUCAUUGCGGCUGCUCACAUUGCAUGGUACACUUUAAGUGAACACAUGGGAAGGAAAUCAUCCCUACGGGAUUUUUGCAGGGAAUAUAAGUUUUCACUCCCUGGAACAGUUGCAGAUCGAAGUAAAGAAAUCCAUGACACAGUAUUCGAGCUUGGAAAGACUUUACCAUGGGUCACAGGAAACUACAAGGAUAAGAAACUAUUCAAUAGAAAAUACCUUCCUGCGAUUGUUAAAUACAGAGAAAGUCUACUUCAUAAACACAAAAUAGAGGUGUCCGAAAAGUAUGUGCCUGUCAUUAAUGUCAAGACAGAAGUAAAUCCAGUAGUGAGAGGGGAGGAGGGAAAGUUUGAUUCAUCAGUGAUUAAAAAUGAAAAGCAUGCACUAGAAAAUCUUAUGCCUCAAACUGUUGUAGAACAAGAACAAAAUUCUCGUGAAAUUGAAAUAAAUAUAUGUCAGAGUUCUCCAGGUUGUCCAAAUGAGGGGAAGAACUCGUCAAAGCCCAGUGAUGUAUGUAACAAAAGUUCUGAGAAGUCCUCAGAAAAUCCAUCCAGUUUGACUGAAUUACCAGUAGUGGUUUAUGAAAGUGAUUCCGUUCUCAGAAAGAAUUUAUUCAUCCCUCCUAUUUUGAAAAAGCCUCGAAAGAGAAUUUACUAUGAGGCAAUGGAAGAUGGUGAAGGACUACAUUCUGAUGAUGAGUUGACAGACGCACAGGAAAAAGAUGUGGAUCAGUAUAUACGAUCAGUCGAUGAGAUUAACUUAAUGAGAAAUGUUAAGCAGAGUAAGAAGGAAGUUGUUGAUCCCAAUGAAAAGUAAAUGUUUUUUUUCUUAGAUUUUUUUAAAACUAAUUUUUAUACAUUUGUAAGUUAUGAAUGAAAGAGUUCACGAAGAACACAAUUGUUCUGAAUUAAAACUCUGAUUUUGAUAAUAAGUUUUGCGCUUUUGAAAAAUAUUUUUUCUUCAAAAAUUAGCAGAAUGUUAAGUUGAGGUAUAGGUGUUCCAAUGCAAAUGGUGAAAUUGAAAUUAGCAGAAUCAAUAAUUAUAUAGCUUUCAUUUUGAAACUGAUAUUUCACUGACAACUGAUUAUAACAUUACGUGUGUAGCAGUCAGCCAGGUUCAAUCAUCGGUGGCCAGAUGCUUUAGUUCGUAGAGCAUCUGACUAGAGAAAUUCAGGGGGCCUGGGUUCAAAUUCUGGUCUUGUCCAUUGCAUUUUCUCCUUUCUUGUUACAUUUGGUGCUGUAGACCAGCCCCUGGAACUAACAGUUGAAAAUGCCUGCCAGGUGAUUAAAAAUCUGGGUUGUCACCAUGUGUCUUUGAGGGCGAAGACAUUUAAGGAGGGAGGAAUGUAUCGGUCAGCCAGGUUUGAUCGCUGGUGGCCAGAUAGCUCAGUUUGUAGAGCACCUGACCAGAGAUUCAGGGGGCCCGGGUUCGAAUCCCGAUCUGGUCCGUUGCAUUUCCUCCCUUCCUGUUACACAUGAAUGACAUCGGUGAUGAAUGAUAAUGUCACAUGUACUCCAGAUAUCUGAUUCAGUGAUUCACACUUGAUUGAUCAAGCACAGAAGGAACUCUUAUGAAAAUUAUUCAUCAAUCAUUAAUUAUUUAGUUAUUAUGUGUAUUCUGAUUUCUCUUUUACAAGUCCAGGGCUUGACCAUUUUUGCUCAUUAUUGUGUGUGAAUGAUGCCUAUCUGUACAUUUUCUGUUGCAUUAUUCAUUUAAGAAAAAGCAUGACAGUAUGAACUUUAGCACUCUAUGCCAGCAUACCGCGCUUCAUAAAAAGUAUGCCAGAGUGAAGCAUUGUAAUUCAUACCCUCAUGUAGUUUCAAAAAUGGAAUUCAUAUUUACAUUCUAUUUUUAUUUAUUUCGGGAUUCCCAACCAUUUAAGUAAACGUACUAUGUUUAUCAAAAUUCAUACGCACAAUGUUCACAUUCAUGAGAAGUGGAUAUCAUUACAGUCGGUAAAGAUAUUUAAGUGAAAUACUGGAAAUGAUUUAUAUCUGUUAUUUUGUUUAACAUUAUAUAUGUACCCUGAGAAAAGACUCGUUUGUUUUAUGUCCACAUCUUUUACCUGCUUUUGGAACACCUUGACACAGUUCUUGUUUCCUAUUUGUCAUCAGGAUCACAGGUGAAAGGUCAAGGUCACAGGAGUGGAAAUAUGUACAAGAUUAAAGCUAUUGUACUAUAUUAUUUUUUUCUUCAAAAUUUGUCUGACAUGCAGAUAUGACACCUUUUAUGAUAUUGGUUUUCAAAGUUAAAUGUGAAAGGUCAAGGUGACUUGAAGGAAAAUUCUAAAGAUUUUAUUUUGACAAUAUUUUAGCAACAUUUUUCAUCCAAAUUUUAUCAGACUUGUGACGCUUCAGUGUGAGUGAGAAUUUAAUUUUUUUUUUUACAGAAACGUAAACAAAAAUAAGCAAUUUAUUCAAAUGCAUUCCUUUUAAUAGGCCUAGACAAGAUUUUGAAUUCUACCAUGGUUAUUGCAAAGAUCAAAGGAAUGUGGCAGUCAUUAUUCUACAAUAUAUCUUCAUACGUAAUAACUCAUAAUGAGAAAAUUUAUAAACAUCUUGCUUGCACUUUGUGCUUUGCUAAUGCAACAAUAAAGUUGAUGACUGAU